AUGUACUUCGAUGGGUCGAAGCGGCAUGAAGGUGCAGGCGCGGGUGUCGUGCUUAUUUCACCCAAAGGUGAUAGACUUCGCUAUGUGCUUCAGAUGCAUUUUCACAACCCUUCAAACAAUGAAGCUGAGUACGAGGCCCUCUUGCACGGCAUGCGCAUGGCCAAAGCUUGCGGGGCCACGAGGCUCAUGAUAUACGGCGACUCAUACCUCGUCGUUCAGCAAACGAAGAAGUCGUGUGACGCCAUCUCCGACUCCAUGAUUGCUUAUCGCGAUCUCUACAAUGUACUGGAAGGCCAGUUCGAGGGAUGCGACCUGCGUCACAUUGGCCGAAACAGCAAUGACGAAGCAGACAGUCUGGCCAACAUCGGCUCGACUCGUUCCCCAAUCCCGUCCGGAGUAUUCCUAGAGAUCAUCCACCAGAGAUCUAUCAAAGAAAAGAAUACUUCGAGUCCCAAGAAGUUAACACCAAUUGACGGUGAGCAAAAACCUCUCGACCCUGACUCACCGGACGACCUUGCAGUCGCAACUGGUGAAGAAGAACCUGAUGAGGUGCUCAUGGUCGAGCCCGAAGCCCGAGGUCCUGGGCCAGGAUCGGGCCUCACUUUCCAGUCCCAAGCCCGGCCCGAAAGCUGA